AUUAACUAGUCACAAAAGCCAGUUAUGGUCAUGUCGUUUUUUGUUUUUCCUUCCAUACCCCUCCUUCCUAACUUUCAUUGUUCUAUAGUUGCAUAUAGCAGUCGUUUUAAUGUCAGUGAUAACAGGGAAAUUGUGGCCGUAUAAAGUGCAGCUCUUAGACCCUUGUACUGUAUGUACAGCAGAACUGAAAGUGAUUGCAUAUUGUCUGUCUUCGUUUGAGGCAUGCCAUCCAUCUUUUUAUAUGAAACCAUAAUCGCACGCACCAGGCGACUUUGAUGUUCCCACAUACACGCAUCAGUGAAGCACCUCCUUGCGCGAUACAGAUCAGAGCUUGUCAUUCUUAUUGUUUGGCCUGCCCACCUCAGCUGAAGCUCUGCAUUCCGUAACACUUGUUUGUAUCACGACCGUUCCAAGCUGAGAAAAUGGAGAUUGACUUUAAUGACUCAUCUGAUAACUACAAUUACUCGUAUGACUAUAACUCCACCGAAGGGCUGUGUUCAGUGGACCGCAAACAGCACGUUGAGAAGUUCCUUCAGCUAUACAUUCACCCCAUCAUUUGCUUGGUUGGUUUUAUCGGCAACACCCUGGUGAUUGUGACGUAUGCCCUCUAUAAAAGAACCAAGUCAAUGACCGAUGUGUACCUACUGAAUGUGGCCAUCGCAGACAUCCUGUUUGUGGUGGCACUGCCUUUGAUCAUCUACAGUGAGCGGCACGGAUGGGCUAUGGGGAACUGGUCUUGUAAGAUGCUGCGUGGCGUUUACAGCGUGAACCUCUACAGCGGCAUGUUGCUCCUGGCUUGCAUCAGUGGAGAUCGCUACCUUGCCAUCGUGCAGGCCCGCAGGUCAUACCGGCUACGUUCCAGCACCCUGCUUUACAGCCGAUUGGUCUGCGCGGUGGUCUGGUCACUGGCCUUGGUCCUGUCUCUUCCCACCUUCAUUUUUUAUCAACGGUAUCAGCCUUCCCCUUUUGAAAUUGUUACCCUUGAAGACAGUAAUUAUACCGACUUCACCGAUGCACCAUACGUGUGCUUUUUUAGAUUUAAUUCUAACGUAACAGCAAAAACGAUAAAAAUCGCGGUGCCUAGCGCUCAGGUGGCAGCUGGUUUCUUUCUACCCCUGCUGAUCAUGGGUUUCUGUUACAUCAGUGUCAUCGCCACCCUCCUUCGGGCCAAGAACUUUCAAAGACACAAGGCAGUGCGUGUAGUCCUCACCGUGGUCCUUGUGUUUGUGGCUUGCCAUACGCCCUACAAUUUAGCGCUGUUAUAUCGUACCGCUACCAUUCUUGAUGAGCAGGAAUGCAGUCAUGAAGAGGCCGUAGAGUUGGCCAUCAUCAUAACAGAAAGCCUGGCCUACCUGCACUCUUGUCUCAACCCCCUGCUUUACGCCUUUAUCGGGGUAAAUUUCAGAAAUCAUUUCCGGAAGAUCAUACAGGACAUCUGGUGCUUGGGGAAGAACUACAUGUCUGCACGGCGGUCCUCAAGGGUCACCUCUGAAAUGUACAUGUCCACACGGCGGUCUGUAGAUGGAUCAAACAGUGACUAUGGCACUUCGUUUACGAUGUGAUUCGGCGCUGAAUGUGCAUGAUAAAUGUUUUGAUCCGUGGUAUAUGUGAUCUUUUGAAAUGGGUAAAAACUGUCUGAACAGUAUAAAUCUUCUGUAUGUUAAUUCUUUUCAAAAUGGACAUGCUCUGUAUGUAAAAGAAUCUAUAUCUGUUUGAGUUUAAAGAGAGAGCUCACAGUCACUGUUCGGCACACAAAUAUUUAACUGACACACAUUGAGUUUUGUACAUGUAUGGAAGGGAUGCUGAAGAUAAGUCAACAACCUUUCAGAGUAAGUUAAAAAACUUUUGAGACUAUUGCUGUUUUGAGACAAACAGUCUCCAGUAGUUUGUAUUGUAUACACAGCCGCAGAAAAGGUUAAGAGACCAUUUCAAAAUUACUUUCCGUUUUUCUAAAGUUACUAUUUACAGGUAUGUGUUGAGGUAAAUUAUCAUUUUUGUUUCAUUCUGUUAUCUACUGACAAUAUUUCUCCCAAAUUUCAAGUAAAAAUAUUGUUGUUUGAAUUUAUAUGCAGAAAAUGAAAACUGGAGAAACGUCAAAAUAACAGAAAAGAUGCUCUGCAUUUAUUAAGACCUCAAAUACUGCAAAGAAAACAGAUUCAUAUUCACAUGUAUGUCCUUUUAGAAAUUGAAGUAAAACGUGUCAAAUGUUUUAAGAUUCAGUUUGCCAAAUCAAAUGUUUAGCAUUUGACCUGGCUGAAUAUAAACAUUACCUUUAAAUAAUUCUAUAUUUUUUAUGUACUAAAUGUUUUUUUGUUUGAUGUAAAGAAAUAGAGACUCUGACAUGUUGUAUUUGGCCUUGUGCGUGUAUUCUGCUAAAUCGUCAUUUAGACGUUUGAGUUCAGUGCUCAUUGAAGUGUCCUCUGGUGCCCCCUAUAGUUAAAAUAAACAUUGCAGCACAUAGCGGAGUUUAUCAUGCAACGUCUUCAACACAUUAUCUUUGACAACACAAAGUUAUUUCACACUGUCACAGCAUCGCUAUUUCUAAAUCCUCUUUUUGUUAUGGUUGGUAAACAGUAAAGGUGAGGUUUAGAGACAAGAGAGCUAAUUAUGAAAUGUUUUGAUGGUUAAGCAAAAAUGGUUUUAUUGAAUCAAUCUCACUAAAUAAGGUUACGGAAAAGAAAACAUGGCAGGCACAGGGAGAAUAGCUCAAAUUUUAAUUUUAAAAGUUAUUUUCUAUUUAAUAAUUUUUUUCUUACACUAAUUUUUUGUCUUGCUUAUAUAUAAUAUUUAUAUAAUGCUGUUUAAUUAUUAAAUAUUUCAUAAUUCGUAGUUGGUUUAAGAUUAAAAUUGUAACCGUUUGUUUUAUA